ACUUUCUCAGAUGGACAUAAGACUCAGUUAUCACUAGACUGAGACAGGUAUUAAGAACUUGAAGUACAUCAGGAAUCCAUAGACCGCUUAACCCUCAAGAAGAAUGAAUAAAGCUUGGAAAGCAGUGAUUGUGCUGAGCGCCUUCAUCGCAGCAGCACAAUGCCUGAACUGUCGUCAGUGCCCUGUUGAUAUAUUAGGCACGUGUCUGUUCGGAAGCGACAUCACAUGUAAUAAUUCGACUGAGAGCUGCUACCGUGGAGAAGCAAAGUUCAAUGCGACAGGUGCUCUCACUCUGCACAUCCGCGGCUGCCUGGACUCAGACCUGUGUGGGAAGACACUGACCGGCAGCCUCCUGGGUGCUGGUUUCACCAGCAGUUUCCAGUGUUGUACAACAAACCUGUGUAAUGGAGCCACUUCUGUCCAACUCUCUCUGACUGUGGCUCUCUGUGCUGCCAUCCUGUCCUCUCUGUGGGGCUUGUGGGAGUUGUAGUUUUACAUGAUCUGCCUCUGUUUCCACAGUUCACUGAGUGGAUUUGUUAACUGUUUGCACUAAUUCUGUUAUGAAGUGAUCAUUAUAAAUCAGAAUACUAUAGCCUACUAUUUACUAUGAAAAUCAAUAAAGCAUCAUUAAAAAGAAUAAUUAUAAUCAGUU